GGAUUCACAGGAGUAGAGUAUGUUAGAAUAGAGUACCAGCGUAUUGGUACUCUGUUCUAACCAAUAGAGUACCAAUUGGUACUGGCUUUACUAAUUGUAGAAAAUUUCAAAUGCAAAUUCUAGUAGGGAUCUUUAUGUGAGAGCCUGCCAGCUAGCUGUGUCUUCUACAGGUACAUUUGUUUAAACAGAAGCUACUGUCUCCAAGUUGAUAGUGAUAUAUCAAAAUACAGAUUUGAGAAGAGAAAGGUGAAUGCUACAACUUAAUUCAGCUUAACAUUUUGGUUAAGCAGUUUGAUUUGUGUGGGGUGGGGAUAGCAUUAGUAUCUUUGAAAAUUUAAUGAACACUGUAAUCCCUCUCACCAGAAAAAUGCACUUUAUUAUAUCCACUGAAAAUUUCACAUUCAGUUUCAAGGAAUUCAGGAAACCUUUCCAUGGACUCAUGCCAAGGAAUCCUUUAGUGGGUUAGUCAAUGCUCUUACUAUUUUUUUCGUAAUGGAAAAAGAAGAGCAUUAGUUUGGUCAGUAGAAAUCAUGCAAAACAUACUGGUGUUAUAAUAUAAGUGGGUCACAAACCAAGAAGGUUAGUAAUGGAAAGCAAGUCUAGGAAAAGGUUUUCCUUUGACUCUAGAAUAUACAUUCAGCCAUACUACAUGUAUGUACUGAGCACCCGUGGUGUGCCAGUCCCUACUCUGGGCCUUUGAGAUUCGGCACAGAAUGCAGCAAAGUUUCUAAUCUUGAGGAGCUCACAAUUCUAGGACUUGUUCUUUUGAUGGCCUCAUCCCAAUUCCCUAUUUUCAUUCAUUCACUCCUAACACAUCUAUUAUGUAUCAGUGUUAGACUGAGUCCCAGCUCCUGAGGAUCCAGCCUGAUGGGAGUAGUAAAUAGGAAAUUCGCAAUGAGUCCCAUGACUAUCCUCAUAGAGUGGCCAAGUUUCCAGAAAACAGAAAUCGAAACAGAUACAGAGAUGUAAGCCCAUAUGAUCACAGUCGUGUUAAGCUGCAAAAUGCUGAAAAUGAUUAUAUAAAUGCCAGUUUAGUUGAUAUAGAAGAGGCACAGAGGAGUUACAUCUUAACACAGGGCCCACUUCCUAAUACAGGUUGCCAUUUCUGGCUCAUGGUUUGGCAGCAAAAAACCAAAGCAGUUGUCAUGCUAAACCGAGUUGUGGAGAAGGAAUCGGUUAAAUGUGCACAGUACUGGCCAACAAAAGAUGAUCGAGAGAUGCUGUUUAAAGAAACAGGAUUCAGUGUGAAGUUCUUGUCAGAAGAUGUGAAGUCAUAUUAUACAGUACAUCUACUGCAGUUAGAAAAUAUCAAUAGUGGUGAAACCAGAACAAUAUCUCACUUUCAUUAUACUACCUGGCCAGAUUUUGGAGUCCCUGAAUCACCAGCUUCAUUUCUCAAUUUCUUAUUUAAAGUGAGAGAGUCUGGUUCCUUGAAUCCUGAACACGGGCCUGCAGUGAUCCACUGUAGUGCGGGCAUUGGGCGGUCAGGCACCUUUUCUCUAGUAGAUACCUGUCUUGUUCUGAUGGAAAAAGGAGAUGAUAUUAACAUUAAACAACUGUUACUGAAUAUGAGGAAAUAUCGAAUGGGACUUAUUCAGACACCAGAUCAACUCAGAUUUUCAUAUAUGACUAUAAUAGAAGGAGGAAAAUUUAUAAAGGGAGAUUCAAAUAUACAGAAACGGUGGAAAGAACUUUCUAAGGAAGACUUAUGCCCUGCUUUUGAUCAUUCACCAACCAAAAUAAUGACUGAAAAAUACAAUGGUAAUAGGAUAGGCCUAGAAGAAGAAAAACUGACAGGUGACAGAUAUACAGGACUAUCCUCUAAAAUGCAGGAUACUACGGAAGAGAACAGCGAAAGUGUUCUACGGAAACGAAUUCGAGACGACAGAAAGGCUAACACGGCUCAGAAGGUGCAGCAGAUGAAACAGAGGCUAAAUGAGACUGAACGAAAAAGGAAAAGGUGGUUAUAUUGGCAACCUAUUCUCACUAAGAUGGGGUUUGUGUCAUUCAUUCUGGUGGGUGCUUUUGUUGGCUGGACACUGUUGUUUCAGCAGAAUGUCCUAUAAAUAAACAGUUCUGCCCAGCGAGCUGCUGGUCUAGUAGCUGACAGUGUUGCGUUAGUCCCAGGGUUUGUCUGUUAGCAGAUUCCUCGCACCCCAGAAACAGUGCGGUAGAAUAGACACCAGCCAGAUAAGUGAUAUGUUCAGUCUCCAGCCCAGCAUCUCAGGGCACUGUCCCCAAACUGUAAACGGCUAUCUGAAAUAAAAACUUGAAUGCUUGUUGAAAACUGGUACAUUUUGCAACUGUAUUCAUACAUGUUAAGCGUACUAUUUCACCUGACCAGAUUGAGAAAUCCUUUACCAUAAGGACUGGUUUUUGGAGGCCAACUGGAUUUUAACCUGCACUUGAUACAAGCAAUAAAUAUUGUGGUUUUAUCUACAUUAUUACUGGAAAGAAAAUGACCUUUAAAUAAUGCGUGUAAUGUAUAAUGUACUGUUGACAUGGACAUCGACAUUUUAUAUUCUUAGCCAUU